UAUUCCAAGUAACACGGCGGGUCUGGGGAGACAAGACGUGUUUCGUGCUCAGCAGACAGAGGCGUUCCAGGCAAGCCUUGACUCAGACAGUCAUUUGCUCAUCCACCUGCUAGAGAGGCUGCAGAAGCGCAACAUGAAAGUUGAAGUUGUCUCUGCGCUCUGCUUGGCUCAGAAGCCACAUGAGGCGUGCGUGGACGCAGACGCUGGGAUAUCCUCUCCUCUGUCAGGGGACGAGCUGGGCUCGGACGGGGACUGCGUAGCCAACAGUCCGCCACCCGUGUCUUCGGGUGUCGAGCUAAGUAAGGGAAAGCCUUACACCCGGAGACCCAAGCCUCCGUACUCCUACAUCGCCCUCAUCGCCAUGGCUAUCCGCGAGUCCGGCAGCGGGCGCCUGACCCUGGCGGAGAUCAACGACUUCCUGAUGAAGAAGUUCCCCUUCUUCCGGGGCUCGUACACCGGCUGGAGGAACUCGGUGCGCCACAACCUGUCACUCAACGACUGCUUCCUCAAAGUGCUGCGGGACCCGUCCAGACCUUGGGGCAAGGACAACUACUGGAUGCUCAACCCCCACAGCGAGUACACUUUCGCUGAUGGGGUUUUCCGCCGCAGGAGGAAGCGCAUCACCAAGAGGUCCUCAAAAGACCAGGAGGCCCCGGACGUCACAGGUGAUGAGAGGGUUGGGGCCAAGUUCUCCAGCUCCUUCGCCAUCGACAGUAUCCUCGGCAAACCCUUCAGUCGCAGGAAGGACGAAGCAUGCGCGCUCUUCUGGUCCCACAUGCAGGUGCCCUUCGCGAUGAGCUAUCCGCUCCAUCACAACGACCUGUCCAUGGAGGGCAGAGGGCAAAACCAAACCCUGGCCCCUCCCCACCCUCUAAAGACCCCCGCAAAGGCGGGCAGCUUUCACAUAGACUCGCUGCUCUCAUGAAGACCCUCAGACUUGUUCAGUCAAAAUGUGCAUUUUUGCAUGCAAUAAAAAACCGGGUGUUGCCAUUGUAGACUAGGUUAUCCCAGAACAUUUCACGGACUUGUUUGCGUGCGCUUUGUGUGUGUGUGUGUUUGUGUGUGUGUGUGUGUGUGUGUGUGUGUGUGUGUGUGUGUGUGGUGUGUGUGUGUGUGUGUGUGUGUGUGUGUGUGUGUGUGUGUGUGUGUGUGUGUGUGUGUGCGUGAAUGUGUGCGCGCGCGCGUGUGUGUUACCGGGAGAAGUGUUUGUUUUCACGGUUCAUUUGUUGUUUCUUCUACACGUGUGACGGUGACCGGGAGCCAUGCUGAAGCAUAAAUCAAGUCAUGUAUUUAUGUUCAUAGCGUGUAUGAACUGCUGUAUGGGAUGUUGUAAAAUAAUGUUGUAAACAUCCAUCAAAUAAAUGACUGAGCUGCAAAAAAAAAAAAAAAAAAAAAUCAUGUAGCUGCACUACAGACACAUGGAAGCCCAGAUGUUUUCCUGUGGCGGUGUCUUAUGCAUUCCGGGUCCUUUCGUGAAUAAAAUAAAUUGCAACGUGAGUGUAUGUGGUCUUCAAAGCCGUUUUCUUAUAGGUGUAAUCACUAGAUUAGGUUAAAGAAAACGUUUGGCCUACCCCAGACAAUUUCGUUUUUGUCCAGGAUACACUUCACUCCAACGUUUUUAGGUGUUAUCAGAAAAAAAAACACAGUUUUAAAUUUUUGAAAAAUACAGUGUUUUUAUGGUGCAAAAAAACGUGCUUCAUAAAUUGGUGCCAAAAAGCUGGGUAUAAAUGUGAACAGUCAAAUCAUUCAAUUAAUCAAUCAAUCAGUCAGUCUAUGGAAAUGAGGAAGGAACAACAAGAACAAACAAUAAUAAUUAUUAUUAU